UCUCGCUCAAAACCCUUCUUUAGCUUCCCCUUCGAUCUCCAUCAAUGGCCUCCUCCGCCGUUCCCUCGAUCCGCGCCGCCAUCCGCCGGACCAGGGCGGAGGCAGUGCGCCGGCAACUGGAGGGAUGCCAUCUCGUGGCCGGAAUCUGGUACAAUGGACUCACCGUCCGGCAGCUCCAGGAUCUCCGCGGCGCCCUCCCUCCCACUGCUCGCCUCCUCGUCGCUAAGAACACCGUUCUUGCCAACGUCUUAGCGAACACCCCUUGGUCCAAGCUAAACCCUUGCAUGCGCGGCGCCAACGCCUGGCUCUUCGUCCACACCGAUGAGAUCCCCGGUGCCCUCAAAGCCUGCCGUGAUUUCCAGCGCAGGACGGGGCUUUUGCUGAAUGAUUUCGUUGGGGCAGUGUUCGAAGGGGAGGUAUAUGGUCCUGAGGAGUUCCAGGCCCUUGAGACCAUGCCGACGAAGGAGGAGGUGUACUCUUAUCUAUUGGGGUGUCUUCGUGUGCCUGCGAUCAAUUUGCUUAGCACGCUGCAAGCUGAGGACAUGGGUCUCCUUCCCAGUUCCACUGGAGAAGAAGCUACACAAUCAUAAUUGAUGAUUAUUUUCGACAACAACCCACGACAAUUGUUCUUCUCAUCAAACAAGUUGGGAUAAUGUUUCUGCCUUGUAAUGAUAUGCUCAUCAAAAUUUUGGAGAAUGAGAACCCAUGUUUCUCUUUACAUGUUUAAACCAAUCUUAGUUAUGCUUCUGUCCAUUAAUUGGUCUCUUUUCAGGCCAUUGAAGCAUGUAAUCCAUUAAAUUCUUCAUUACUUGAACCAUCUUGAGUUAGCUCUCUUGUGUGACUAAAUUUCUCAAAUGAUUGAUUUACCAGGACAAUGUUUGCUACUAUUUUAUUGAA